UCUUACAGGACGGAAUUGGAUAUUUUUAAUGAUUCACCUUGUUUAUUCCAUGUGGAAGUCAUUGCCUUCGUAGGGCCUAGCAUGUGUGCACUCUGCAUGGUAUUUGUUCUCGAGAACCACAAAUAAAUUAUAUUUAAUAAAUUAAACUUAAUUUGAAGGUUUUUAAAUAUGACAUCAUGUUGCUUAGGUGAUAAUUAUUUUAAAAAUUAGAAUGCAUUUUGCUUAACUGAAAGUAAAGUACAUGUACAUAUGGAUAUCGGUUUUCUAUGACAUGCUCGAAUGAUCAAUUUGAUUGUAUGAAGUAAAUGUAUCGUAGAAAGUUUAAUUGGAAACGCCAUAAUAAUAAUAAACUUGGCGGCUUUAUAGCGGGGAGGUAGCGACAUGUAGUAGGAUGCAGUAGGAUGCACUCUGGUAGAGACUCGGAUAUUUUUUAGCAGACUGUAAAGAGCAGACUCGUAGAGCGUCGCUUAUUCGAAACGCUCCAUGGGGGUUGAUGAUCACAAGCAGUAGACUGCUGCAUCCCUUCUUCUUCGACGUCUUCGCUCAGUUCCGAUAUCGCCGCCCACGCAAUCGGUGUGUUCAGUUUGUUCCUAACGAAAAUUCAAAAAUAAUCAUAUAUCCCAUCGUUCGUAACUGAAGCAAUUCUUCUCGGCCAGGAACGGCAUGCAUAGGUAGUGAACGAACAAAACAUGUCUCAGGGUGUUUACGUUUUGUGUUCAAAUUACUCGAAAAGAAACGUCGUCUUCUUACAAAAGCGUUUAACUCAAGGCAAAUGGUGCUCGAAUGAUCGUCAAUGUGUGAAGACUGCAAGCGCGUCGACGACGAGAUGGCUUUCGACGCAUACAUCUAGGAGAUUACUGCAAAAGGAUACUCAACAUUCUGCAAAGGAGAUUAAAGGUAUACCGUAUAAGGAUAUUACGAUAGGAGUCCCUAAGGAAAUUUGGAAAAAUGAAAGAAGAGUGGCGUUAACACCCGCAGUGGCUUCAACUUUAAUAAAGAAAGGAUUUAAUGUAAACGUCGAGGCAGGUGCGGGGGCCGAGGCAAAAUUUAGAAAUGAAGAUUAUGAGAGUGUCGGUGUUAAGUUAGUAGAUAACGAAGGGGCUUUCAAUACAGAUAUAAUUUUGAAAGUCCGCCAGCCCACUGAAAAUGAGGUACCGAAAUUUAAGGAUAAUAGCACUUUGAUAUCGUUUUUAUACCCCGCUCAAAAUAAGACUUUGGUGGAUCAAUUAGCGUCUAGAAAAAUUAAUGCAUUUGCUAUGGAUUGCAUUCCUCGAAUUACAAGAGCACAAGUGUUUGAUGCUCUUAGCUCAAUGGCUAAUAUCUCUGGUUACAGGGCUGUAAUUGAAGCCGCUAACCAUUUUCCUCGAUUCUUCUCAGGGCAAAUUACUGCAGCUGGUAAAGUUCCUCCUGCUAAGAUUUUAGUUAUUGGUGGAGGUGUAGCUGGUCUGGCUGCUAUAGGACAAGCAAAAUCAAUGGGAGCUAUUGUCAGGGCUUUCGAUACGAGAAGCGUUGUGAAAGAACAGGUGGAAUCGAUGGGUGCUGAAUUUUUGACGAUUAAUAUAACGGAGGAAGGAGGAAGUGCGGGUGGUUACAGCAAGGAGAUGUCAAAGGAGUUCAUCGACGCUGAACAUGCCUUAUUUGCCAAGCAAUGCAAAGAAGUUGAUAUUAUUAUUUCAACCGCUCUUAUUCCUGGCAAAAAAGCUCCAGUUUUGAUAUUAAAAGAUCAUGUACUAGGCAUGAAACCAGGAAGCGUUGUUGUGGAUUUGGCUGCAGAAGCUGGUGGAAACUUCGAAACAACGAAACCUGGAGAAGUCUAUCAAUUAAAUGAUAUUACACAUAUCGGUUUAACAGAUCUUCCAAGCCGUCUUCCGACUCAAAGUUCAACUUUAUAUGCAAAUAAUAUAUCUAAAUUUUUAUUUUCAAUGGGAGAAGAAAAUCAUUUUAAUAUCAAUUUGCAAGAUGAAGUGAUCAGGGGAAGUAUAAUAUUGGAAAAGGGUAAUUUGAUGUGGCCACCGCCAAAACCCGUUGGUCCACCGCCUGCUGCAGCAGCACCUAAACAGACCGUCGCUGCUGUUAAAGAGGAGAAAAAAGAAAUUUCACCUUUGAUGGCAACAGUGAAAGAUUCUUUACUCUGUUCAACUGGUGUUGGGACUAUUUUGAGUCUGGGUUACAUUUCACCAAACCCCGCUUUUACUGGAAUGUUAACAACGCUUGGAUUAUCUGGAAUUGUUGGUUACCAUACAGUGUGGGGAGUUACACCCGCAUUGCAUUCACCUUUGAUGUCCGUAACUAACGCCAUAUCAGGUAUCACUGCUGUCGGAGGUUUGUUACUGAUGAAUGGCGGAUAUUAUCCAACAAAUACGGUUGAAGCAUUGGCAGCUUCUGCCGCUUUUAUUUCAUUCAUAAACGUGUUUGGAGGUUUCGUAGUAACGAAACGCAUGUUGGAUAUGUUCAAAAGACCUGAUGACCCACCAGAGUACAAUAGUUUAUACGGAAUUCCUGCAGCUUUGUUCUUGGGUGGUUAUGGAUACGCAGCUAUGCAGAAUUUACCGGAGAUACAUCAAGCCGCCUACUUAGCUGCAUCUUUAUGCUGUGUCGGUGCAUUAGCUGGCCUAAGUUCCCAGAAAACAUCAAGGAUGGGAAAUAAUUUGGGAAUCAUUGGAGUUUCCGGCGGAAUAGCUGCAACUUUAGGACAAAUGGCUCCAAGCGUUGAAGUAUUGGGACAAAUGGCUGCUUGCAUGAUUGCAGGAGGCGGACUCGGAACGUUAAUCGCGAAGAGAAUCCAAAUUACCGAUUUACCUCAAUUAGUAGCUGGUUUCCAUAGUUUGGUCGGUUUGGCAGCCGUUUUAACAUGCAUGGCUACUUACAUCCAUGACUUUUCAACAUUUGCCACAGAUCCUUCAGCUAAUGUUGUUAAAAGUGCAUUGUUCUUAGGAACAUACAUUGGAGGUGUUACUUUCAGUGGAUCGUUAAUUGCUUAUGGCAAACUUCAGGGAGUUUUAAAAUCAAGUCCUUUACUUUUGCCAGGACGACAUGCUAUAAACGCUGCAAUGUUGCUUGGAAAUGUAGGAGCUGGUGCAUACUUGUUUUACGAUCCUUCACUUAUGGCCGGACUUGGAGCUUUAGGAACUACAGCGGCACUUUCCACCGCAAUGGGAGUUACCUUAACAUCCGCAAUUGGAGGUGCCGAUAUGCCAGUGGUAAUUACUGUUUUAAACAGUUAUUCAGGCUGGGCUCUUUGCGCUGAAGGAUUUAUGCUGAACAAUAACUUGAUGACAAUUGUGGGUGCUCUCAUUGGUAGCUCAGGUGCAAUUCUAUCAUACAUAAUGUGCAAAGCAAUGAACCGCUCCUUACCAAGCGUAAUUUUGGGAGGAUUUGGAACGUCGAGCACCGGAUCCGGAAAACCAAUGGAAAUAACUGGAACUCACACUGAAGUAAACGUCGAUGGAGCCGUGGACAUGAUCAAGAAUGCUAGAAACAUUAUCAUCGUACCAGGCUACGGUUUGUGCGUUGCUAAAGCUCAAUACCCAAUUGCUGAGAUGGUGAACAGUCUGAAGAAGCAAGGAAAGAAUGUUAGAUUUGCUAUACAUCCAGUUGCAGGUCGUAUGCCAGGACAACUGAACGUGCUGUUGGCCGAAGCCGGAGUUCCUUACGACGAUGUCUUAGAGAUGGACGAGAUAAACGAUGAUUUUCCUGAAACCGAUUUGACAUUGGUGAUUGGCGCAAAUGAUACCGUUAACAGUGCGGCCGUCGAUGAUCCCAAUUCACCGAUCGCUGGGAUGCCGGUCAUGAACGUCUGGAAAUCCGAUCAGGUCAUUGUAAUGAAGAGAUCUUUAGGUGUUGGAUAUGCGGCAGUCGAUAAUCCAGUUUUCUACAAACCGAACACAGCCAUGCUGCUUGGUGAUGCGAAGAAGACGUGCGAGCAAUUACUUACUAAGGUUCUCAACUCUGAUAGUACUUAAGUUAUUUUUAUAUCUAUAUUAAGAAAAUGGUCGUGUUUCGAAAGCGUUUUGGGAAUUGUCGAAGAAAUUAUUUUUGUAAUGAAACAUAUAUCUAUUAAGGUUCAUCGAUUUUAAAAUCAAUU